AUGGCCGUCAAGCAACAUAUGCCCUCGGGCAAUCUGAGGCCUCUGUAUGGCGAUGUCACAAUUAUCGCGAAUGGAUUUCCCGAGGUAUAUCAUUUUGCCUUCAGCACUUUUCGAAGGCCGCCACCUGGAACGGGCAUUGGUGGCAAUGGAGGCCGUCCAGAAGCUCGGGUCAAGGAGAUGCUCAUCCGCAACGCAGGCCAUCUGAUUCCUCUAGAGAAGGUAGUAGAGACAGCAGAACAUACGGUUAUGUGGAUUGGGACGGAAUCGGCUUGCUGGAGGCAGGAAGACACUCGAGAGAAAGAAGAGUGGAUGAGCUACUACGGGCAGAAAAAAACGUUUCUGAGCCCAGAGUAUCUGAAGCACACGCUUGACCCAAAUCAACCGGCCGAAAAGACCAAGCUGUAG